UACCGUACGUACGUAUAGAACGCCACUAUAAAUAAUUUAUAAUCUCUAGACGAUUGGAUAAUGGGGGAAUUUGUCGGUAAAGUGGUCCUAAUCACUGGAGCGAGCUCAGGAAUUGGAGCUGAGACGGCUGUCCACUUUGCUGCAGAAGGAGCAGGUCUUGCUUUAGUGGGUCGUGAUGAAGGGAGACUAGAGAAGACUGCACAGGAUUGCAUGGCAAAAGGCCUAGCAAAGGAUAAGGUUCUUACAAUCAAGGCAGACAUGUGUGUAGAAGAAGAUGUGAAGAGGAUUGUGGAGUCAACUAUCACAUACUUUGGUAGACUGGAUGUCUUGGUAAACAAUGCAGGACAAGCCAAACUUGACCUCCUCAGAAGUGAAACUGUUAUGGAGAACUUUGACGAUUUGCUCAAGCUUAAUGUAAGAUCUGUUGUCCAACUCACCAACCUAGCAGUACCUCAUCUUAUUACUUCUAAAGGCUCCGUGGUGAAUGUAUCCAGCCUAGCAGGAAAAAGAGUGGCCCACAUGUCAUUUUCGUACAAUAUUUUAAGGGCUGCCACUGACCAAUUCACAAGAUGUUGUGCUGUUGAUUUGGCUCCCAAAAGUGUCCGAGUUAAUGCUGUGAACCCAGGAGCAAUCAAGACGCCCCUUUUGACAGGAUUUGGAAUACCUGCAGAACAAAUCGAAGAGGUAUGCGCAAAGAUGCAUCCAUUGGGCAGGAUAGGACAACCAACAGAUGUAGCGUCGGCCAUCAAGUUUCUUGCAUCCAACGCAGCGUCCUUUAUCACUGGAGAAACACUGUCAAUAGAUGGUGGCAGACAUGCUUACUGUGCACGAGAGUUGGGUACAAUAUGAAACCCAAACAAUUUGUAGUAUUACAGUUGAUUGAUAUAACCUCCUUCAAUAAAAGCUGGGAAAAAAUAAUCUUGAACCAACUACCGUAUUUGCCGGCAAUAAGGCCGCAGCUCCGCAUAGGCCCACCCUCAACAUUUUGUAGGGGAAAAAAAAACUAAAGGAAAAAAACCUAAACAGACCAAACUCGUAGAACAAUAUUUUUCCUACAAACCGAUACCCAAAUUACUUAUUCUUAUUUGUAAAAAUUUACAGGAAGUUUACCUAAAAAUGAUCGUAAUUAGCAAAUCUUCAUCGAUUUUUAAGCUAGUACUGUAUUGCAGGCAGAUUUGGUAUCCUACAUGUACCCCUACCACGAUGUGCGGUGUAAUACAAAAUUGCGACUUCGGCUAGAUGUGCAGUUAAGUUAAGCGGCGGCUAGCUCCGUAACGGUUCCUUCUUUUACUUUUUAGCGAUGCAAUGGUACAACUCAGAUCUAGAUCUACCGGUAGAUUUUGUUAGAAAAAUAACUUUGUUAUUUUGGUCUUUAUGUCAACAAUGUAACAUAAAAUUGUCGGUAAGAUGUGUGAAGUUAUUCUAGAAAUGUCCUGUACCAUUCUAUAAUCAUUGUAGUCCCAUACGUACGAAUGGACGUGCUGUUUUGACCGCUGAAUUUGUAGUUGUUGCGCAUUGGCUGCACCCAGACUUUUUGUUGCUUUCUCUUCCGAAAAUACUGCGGCCUUUACGCCGGCAAAUACGGUACAAUGUAGUCAAUGUCUUCACAUUUUUGUUUAUACUCGGUUUACAAACGUUUCAUUUGUGAUAUAUUCUACACUUCAGCUUUUAGCCAAGAUAGAUUUUAUCUCCAAAUAUCUUUCUACAUUUGUAUAUGUAUGUUUAUAUAAUGGAACAAAAUCAUGAUAAUGAAUUGUAAGCAUCAAUGUAUGAAAUCAUUUGGUGAUUGGGUAAUUUUAAUUAAUAAAGAUGGGUGGAUGGUAUAUUCAUGUUACGUAGUUUCUAAACCAAAUUAUGUUUGAUUAGACAUGAACAAUGUCAUGGAUGAGGCUGGGAUUUGUGAGGCUGACACACUUACUCUGAAAUAAAUCUAUCAUGAAAUGCAGAUAAUGUGAUGGAAAUCAUUUUAAUAGUACAAUAUAUAUUUUUGAACUUUUGUAUAAAAAUUUGCCAUGAUGAAGUCAAUCAAAUUGAACAUUAUUUUUCAAAUAAAAUACAAUAUUUUUUACUCA